AUGUACGUAGACCAUCCUUCUUCGUCCAUUGAGGACGAGCGAGAGUCCACAACGUCCGAAGCCGAUCCUUCUCUGAACAUUGUUCACUGGCGCCAGUCGACAAUGUUCGAAGACAACCCUUCUUCGAACAUUUCCGCAAUGUACGUAGACCAUCCUUCUUCGUCCAUUGAGGACGAGCGAGAGUCCACAACGUCCGAAGCCGAUCCUUCUCUGAACAUUGUUCACUGGCGCCAGUCGACAAUGUUCGAAGACAACCUUCUUCGAACAUUGACGAGCGAGAGUCCACAACGUCCUGGCGCCAGAAGCCGAUCCUUCUCUGAACAUUGUUCACUGGCGCCAGUCGACAAUGUUCGAAUUGACAACCCUUCUUCGAACAUUGUGAAGGUAUCCGUGCUCACUUUUCGAAGACCGUCCUUUUCGACCCUUUUCUCUGGGGCCAGACGAGCGAAAUCCACAACGUCCGAAGCCGAUCCUUCUCUGAACAUUGUUCACUGGCGCCAGUCGACAAUGUUCGAAGACAACCCUUCUUCGAACAUUGUGACUGGUAUCAGUGCUCACUUUUCGAAGACCGUCCUUCUUCGACCCUUUUCUCUGGGGCCAGUCCACAAUUGCUCACUUUUCGAAGACCGUCCUUCUUCGACCCUUUUUCUCUGGGGCCAGUCCACAAUGUACGUAGACCAUCCUUCUUCGUCCAUUGAGGACGAGCGAGAAUCCACAACGUCCGAAGCCGAUCCUUCUCUGAACAUUGUUCACUGGCGCCAGUCGACAAUGUUCGAAGACAACCCUUCUUCGAACAUUGUGACUGGUAUCAGUGCUCACUUUUCGAAGACCGUCCUUCUUCGACCCUUUUUCUCUGGGGCCAGUCCACAAUUGCUCACUUUUCGAAGACCGUCCUUCUUCGACCCUUUUCUCUGGGGCCAGUCCGCAAUGUACGUAGACCAUCCUUCUUCGUCCAUUGAGGACGAGCGAGAGUCCACAACGUCCGAAGCCGAUCCUUCUCUGAACAUUUGCUCACUUUUCGAAGACCGUCCUUCUUCGACCCUUUUUCUCUGGGGCCAGUCCACAAUGUACGUAGACCAUCCUUCUUCGUCCAUUGAGGACGAGCGAGAGUCCACAACGUCCGAAGCCGAUCCUUCUCUGAACAUUUGCUCACUUUUCGAAGACCGUCCUUCUUCGACCCUUUUUCUCUGGGGCCAGUCCGCAAUGUACGUAGACCAUCCUUCUUCGUCCAUUGAGGACGAGCGAGAAUCCCACAACGUCCGAAGCCGAUCCUUCUCUGAACAUUGUUCACUGGCGCCAGUCGACAAUGUUCGAAGACAACCUUCUUCGAACAUUGUGACUGGUAUCAGUGCUCACUUUUCGAAGACCGUCCUUCUUCGACCCUUUUCUCUCUGGGGCCAGUCCACAAUGUACGUAGACCAUCCUUCUUCGUCCAUUGAGGACGAGCGAGAAUCCACAACGUCCGAAGCCGAUCCGAUCCUUCUCUGA